UCACGUGCGCGGCGGUCACGUGGCCCCCGAGCGCUUCCGGGGCGCGAUGGGGCCGGGGGUGACGCGCUGGUUGUGGGCGGGGCUCCGGCGCUCCCUGCACGUGACGGGCGCGACCCCCGCCCCUUCCCCACCCCUGAUCCCCAUCGUGGUGGAGCAGACGGGCCGGGGGGAGCGAGCGUACGACAUUUACUCGCGGCUGCUGCGGGAGCGCAUCGUGUGCGUGAUGGGCCCGAUCGAUGACAGCCUGGCCAGCCUGGUCAUUGCCCAGCUGCUGUUCCUGCAGUCCGAGAGCAACAAGAAACCCAUCCACAUGUACAUCAACAGCCCCGGAGGCUCGGUGACCUCGGGGCUGUUCUGGCUCAUUUUUGGGCUAUAUAAUGCUGUUUUUGGGGAGGCUCGCAUGGGGUUUCUGCCCAAUGCCCCCAUCAUGGUGCACCAGCCCUCGGGGGGCGCCCGGGGCCAGGCCACCGACAUCGCCAUCCAGGCCGAGGAGAUUCUGCAGCUCAAGCGGCAGAUCAACGGGCUCUACGCCAAGCACACGGGGCAGCCGCUCGCUGUCAUCGAGGCGGCCAUGGAGCGGGACCGCUACCUGAGCCCGGUGGAGGCGCAGGAGUUCGGGCUCCUGGACCAGGUGCUCGUGCACCCCGCCCCGCGGCGAGGACGAGCCCGGCUGGUGCACAAGGAGCCCCCCAAGAGCCCCCCGGGGACCCCCCAAAACCCAACCGAGUCCUGAGACCCCCCCCCAAAAAUCUGUGCUGCUCUGUGGGAAUAAAGGGUGUGGAAAACCUG